AUGAUAGAACUGGCCUCGCCCAGGCAUUCAUUUCCGCGGACCGACGAACAACGAGUGGGAUUGUCAAUUGACACCCAUAAGCGUCCAAACAAGCGCCCAUCUCUUUCAAUGGGCGCACGUGAGGUUGGGCUAAUAGCAAGGCUUAGGCCAGCGUACCGCUGCUCGACCGCUACUAAACUAGUACUACCAACGUACUGCCCUAUUCUGUGA